GCUUCCCAUUCGAAAACAAAAGCAAAAGGUGCGCAUUCACGGUGUCGCCCUCGUCUCUACUCGUGUCUCGUCUUGGGUAGCGUACGCACCUUAGCUCGCAACCAUCCAUCCAUCCACGGGGCUCGGGCGCAGCAGCCUCCCCCGUCGUCGUCUUCGUCGUCGCCUUGCCGCCGCUCUGAUCCGUGCCCGAUGCAUCGUCAGCCAUCUCCUCACGCCUUCAGCAGCAGCGGCAGCUGGGCGGAGCAGGGCGCGGGCGGGUACCGCCACGGCAGGGACGGCGCCACCUUCCUCCUCCCCGAGCUCCUCCAGCGCAGCCCCAACCCCAGCUCCAAGUCCUCCAGCGCCGCCACCUUCGUGCCGCCGCUCGCCGCCGCGCAUGGAGGAGGAGUAGCGGCCCCGUUUGGCAUGGCGCCGCUGGGAGUGGCGGCGGCGGACGAAGCCCGGUUCUGCAUGACGCCGUGGUCAGCGGCGGCGCACUUCGAGAACUGGGGCGACUCCGGCAUCGUCGUCACCAGCCCGCUCGCCGAGACGGCCUCCACCGACGUCGACAUGGGUGGAGGUGGAGCCAUGGCGCAGAGCGUCGACGGACAUGACAACUCAUUGCCGGCGUGCAAGGUGGAGCCCAGGGAUCACAAGGCGCAGAGGAGGCUUGCGCAAAACCGCGAGGCGGCCCGGAAAAGCCGGAUGAGGAAGAAGGCGUACAUUGUGGAGCUGGAAAACAGCCGGUCCAAGCUGUCCCAUCUUGAGCAGGAGCUUCAAAGGGCAAGGCAGCAGGGGAUGUUCAUUGCAAGUGGACGCUCCGGAGAUCAUGGAUGCUCCACUGGAGGUGCGUUGGCGUUCGACCUGGAGUACGCGCGGUGGCUGGACGAGCACCAGCACCACAUGAACGACCUCCGGGUGGCCCUGAGCGCGCAGAUCGGCGACGACGACCUGGGCGUGCUGGUGGACGGCGCGAUGCUGCACUACGACCAGAUGUUCCGGCUCAAGGGCGUGGCCACGAGGACGGACGUGUUCCACGUGCUGUCGGGCAUGUGGAUGAGCCCCGCGGAGCGGUUCUUCAUGUGGCUGGGCGGGUUCCGGUCGUCGGAGCUGCUCAAGGUGCUGGCGCGGCACGUGGAGCCGCUGACGGAGCAGCAGCUGGUGGGCAUCUGCGGCCUGCAGCAGUCGCUGCAGCAGGCCGAGGACGCGCUGUCGCAGGGGAUGGAGGCCCUGCAGCAGGCCCUCGGGGACACGCUCGCCGCCGCCGCCACGCCGUGCGCCGCCGACAGCGUCACCAACUACAUGGGCCAGAUGGCCGUCGCCAUGAGCAAGCUCGCCACCGUGGAGAACUUCCUCCGCCAGGCGGACCUGCUGCGGCAGCAGACGCUGAAGCAGGUGCGCCGGAUCCUGACCACGCGCCAAGCCGCGCGCGCGCUGCUCGUCAUCAGUGACUACUUCUCGCGGCUCCGUGCGCUCAGCUCCCUGUGGCUGACGCGGCCGACGGAUUGAUUCGGCGUAGGCACACGGACGGGAGCUGUCGUUGGUUGGUUGCGCUGAGACUGUAAUCUGUAUCCGUUGUGAGAUGGGGUGACCAUGCGGAUUCAUCAGGCAGAAACGGCGAAUGUGUCUAGCUUUAGUUUUGG